GGGCUGGCUUAGUGGGUUUAGACCUGACCAGAGAUCGGACAGUUAGGAGCUUGGGAGUGUGUCUGUUGGGUUACUUAACACAUUGAGUUGUAAAGAAAUCCGCCGUUAAAAUGUCUGAUGACGAACAAGAGCAAACUAUCGCCGAGGAUUUGGUAGUCACCAAGUAUAAAAUGGGAGGUGACAUCGCCAACCAGGCCCUACGAAUGGUGAUGGAGGCAGCCACAGCAGGGGUUUCCGUCCUCAGCCUGUGUGUGAAGGGGGAUGCUCAUAUCAUGGCAGAGACUGGGAAGGUCUUCAAGAAGGAGAAAGACAUAAAAAAAGGCAUUGCCUUCCCCACCAGCGUCUCAGUCAAUAACUGUGUUUGCCACUUCUCUCCCCUGAAGAGUGAUCCUGACUACACACUUAAAGAUGGGGAUCUGGUAAAAAUUGACCUUGGCGUCCAUAUUGACGGCUUCAUUGCCAAUGUUGCUCAUAGCUUUGUUAUUGGAGCCACUAAGGAGACUCCAGUUACAGGCCGUAAAGCAGAUGUGAUCAAAGCAGCUCACCUUUGUGCAGAAGCUGCUCUGCGCCUGGUCAAACCUGGCAACCAGAACUCUCAGGUGACAGAGGCUUGGAACAAGAUUGCCCAAUCAUUCAAAUGUUCACCAAUUGAGGGUAUGCUGUCUCAUCAGCUAAAACAACAUGUAAUCGAUGGAGAAAAAACUAUCAUUCAGAACCCCACAGACCAGCAAAGAAAGGACCACGAGAAGGCAGAGUUUGAGGUGCAUGAGGUAUAUGCUGUUGAUGUGCUGAUCAGUACUGGAGAAGGAAAAGCCAGGGAUGGAGGACAGAGGACAACUAUAUAUAAGAGGGACCCCAGCAAGCAGUAUGGAUUGAAGAUGAAGACCUCCCGCAUGUUCUUUAGUGAGGUGGAACGACGUUUUGACACCAUGCCUUUCACCCUAAGGGCAUUUGAGGAUGAAGCUAAGGCCCGUCUGGGUGUGGUGGAGUGUGCCAAACAUGAGCUCCUACAGCCUUUCAGCGUGCUCAAUGACAAGGAAGGAGAGUGUGUGGCUCAGUUUAAGUUCACAGUGCUGCUGAUGGCCAAUGGCCCACAUAGAAUCACCAAUGGACCCUUUGAGCCUGAGCUCUACAAGUCAGAGCACGAGGUGCAGGAUGCUGAACUCAUGACUCUACUACAGAGCUCAGCAAGUCGCAAAACACAGAAGAAGAAGAAAAAGAAGGCCUCCAAGACAGUUGAGACAGCUACUGGGCAGCCGACUGAGGAGACUGAGGCUGCAGAGUAGAUUCUACCUGUCUUUGGGAAACACGCAAACUCAUACCAACACCCCAAAUAACAGAACAUUUAAAAUUAGGAAAGGAAAUUACAUAUUUGCCAAUUGUAAUGUUUUUUUUGUCCCCAUAUGUUUUUCUGGUUUUGAGCCCACAAAAUAAAUCUGAUGGAUCUAAUUAUGAUCUUUUAUUGGAUGCACCAAACUUGUGGAAUACACAUUUGUUGGUGUUCUAUGCCAUUCUGGGGAUUCUCAAGUCCAAACACAAACAUUCACAAAGGUAAAGCCUCACAUCUAAGUAAACAACUUAACUUUUCCACAGAGUUUAUCUGCUCUGACCAUUGAUACUGUAACUGGAAUGAAAAAUGGGAAAACACACUUUGGAUUAUUUACAUUUUUUAGAAAUGUGUUUUUACACCUUACUGUUGGGUGAUGCACCUGACUGAAAAUCUUGCUACAUGGGUAAUAUGUUAUGAACUUUCUAAAUUAAAAUGGUAAAAACAAACUGUUAAGAAA